CUACCAACUGCAGCCCAAACAUCACCUGGCGAGCCGCAUAGCUUUAGCAGGCUGUCGGGGCAAGCGCUGCAAGUCGUGCACAAACACACCCGAAUAAGUAAACUCAGCAACCUGCGCGUGCCCUCAACAACAACACAAUAGCCGGACGUUUCGGGCAACGAUCCUUUUCCUCACGGCAGCACGCCCGCUCAACCCCAGCGCCGUAUGGUACACAUACAGGGGCACUGUAAAAACCCGGAAUCGAAUCGUAUCCGGGAAUCGCGGUUGACGGGAAUCGCCGUCGGGGAAUCGAUUCCCGUCAGAUGGACAGUGCCGCGGACUGGUCGCGUGUGAUGGAGACGCGGGGCUGAGCGAGGCGGCUUCUCCUCCUCCUCCUCGUCCUCCUCCUCCUCCUCGUCCUCCUCCUCCUCGCUCUCCCUAUCUCAUCCCUCUGUGUCUCUCUCUCUCUUCACUCUCUGCAUCGGUGUAGGAGGAGAGAGACCCCCCCCCCGGACGGCCGUAGACCCCUUCGCGACUCGCGUUGCCUGCAAGCCGGGUGAGGCGAUGAGUCCGCGCGCUCUUGUGGGCAGCUAGGCCAGGGGAGAGAGCUGCGAUCGAGUGGUCCUCACCUCGUCAGCAUCAUCAUCAUCAGCAGCAUCAUCAUCAGCAGCAGCAUCAGCAGCAGCAACGCUGCCCCCUCAACUGUUAGGCCAUGGCCACCGCGGCAGUGGCGGCCGCAGUGGUGUCCCACAUCAACCCUCGUCAGGACUUCCCGGCGUGGCUGGCCGCCCACGGCGUGAGCCUCAGCGUGGCCGAGGCCGUGGACAGGGAGCUGGGCAUCGGCGACUACGAGGCCUUCAUGGCGUGCGCCGAGCAGCCCCACGUCAGGGCCGAGAUGUUCGCUGCCGCCAGGGAGCGGCUGCCCUUCGCCUUCUACGCCGUGCUGCGCCGCGUCACCGAGGCCUCGUCCCCCAAGCGCCACGACGGGGCCGGCGGGGCCUGUGGAGGCGGCAUCCAGGCCACCAGCGUGAUGGCGUUCCAGCCGUUUCUCAGCGGCCUCCUGGACGCCAUCGUCCUCAUGCUCAGCAGUCUCAGCCAGGAACUGCUUCAGUCGGUUGAGAGGUUCAGUGACCUUCACGGAUUGCUGUACGUCACCGCGGAGGAAAAGGCGGAGGAGUCAAGUCACCACCGCGGGGAUGCUGCUCUUGACUCGAGCUUCGCCGAGGAGUAUGAGGACGAGGUCUCUGAGAACAUGAACGAGUUAUCGGCAGAGAAGGACUUCCAAGAAGAAAGGGGACAGAAUGACAGGUGGCCCGAGUCGAACUGCUUUCACAGCGACGGUAUGAUUGCAGACGAAGCCGGCAGGUCGGAAGACGAACGCGAGCAAACUCCGGAAGAGAUGCUGCCCGACGGGCCGGAGGAUCGCGCCGUCGAGGGCCACGCGUGGGGCCUCGUGGGCGUGAAGGCCGAACCCAUCGCGGACGAGGCCGGCAGGUCCGACGGCGGGGGAGAUCGAACCCCGGACGAGAUGCUGCCCGACGCGCCGGAGGAUCGCGUGGCCCGGGGCAACGUGUGGGGCGUGCUGGGUGUGAAGGCGGAACCCAUCGCGGGAGGCAACGGCAGCGAGGACCUGAUGUUCGAGGCCGGUGCUACACAGCACCCGAAGUUCCGGUCGUUCGGCCCCUUGGCAAAAGCGAGGCUUCCCCCUCACCAGUCGCACGGCCCGUUGCCGGACGGCGAGCCUGCGCGCCCCCCGCCGAACCUCGGCGAGCCAUUUGGCGACGCGAGGAUGGGCGGCGAGUGUCCCGGUUCGGACUCGACGGGCGAGGGCUGCUCCGACGAGCUGGCCGGUGACUUUGGGGCCGGCCCGUUCACGUGCACCGACUGCGGCCUCGCGUACAGCGACAUGAACAAGCUGUGGCGGCACCAGGCGUUCCGGCACGGCGGCGAGAAGCCGUACGUCUGCGACGUGUGCCGGAGCCGCUUUUCGCUGGUGCGGAACUUGAACCAGCACAAGAAGAUUCACACGGGCGAGAAGCCGUUCGUGUGCGAAGAGUGUGGCAUGAGCUUUGGUCGCAAAUACCACCUGCACAGACACAAGAAGAUCCAUACCAUCUUAUAAAAGACAGGACAUGUGAAGUGCACUGUGGUCGUUUUAUAUAUAUAUUCCCAAUGGUAACAGUUACAUGUGAUCUGAUUUGGCACCAGAAAUGCAAGAUGAAUGUGGUUACAAUACGAAGCAAGUGCUGUCAGAUCUGUGGGUGGAUUCUGCUAUUUGCUGUGCUGCUUGUUCAAGCCAUAUGGACCUUCCCUGUUGGAGAAUACUCGACUCGAUUGUUUUGGGGUGCUGCAUUGGACACUUCGUUAUUGAACUGUCCUUGUCCUCAUCUCUGCAGAGCAAACGUUUGUUAAACAGCAACACAAAAAGAUGCAUAACAAUGGGAAGGAUUUUAUUUUGCAUUAGCACAGUGGUGCAAUUUGCAUAUAUUUAGGUACGUUUUUGAACAAAUGUGGCCAUGAUGCUGGCACAGGUAAGUCAGUGGUCUCAUGGGGUCAUGCAUACCUGUGACCUAUCGUAUGGGACGUCCUUGCCGAAGGUCGCCUGGUUAAUUUAGCAACGCUCCUUGCAAUGCAUCUGUUGGGGGCGCAGAGAACGAGGCUUAAAUUUAGCGUUGCCCUGGAGACACCCACUCGGAUGUGCUAAAAGCGAAAUUAACACAUCAAUUGCAUCCUCCGCUCACACCGUGACAGUAGGCGUAGUGUUCUUGUUUAAAUAUUGCCAGCAUCAAAACACUCGAAUUGGUUUUACCCUUUCUGGCAAUAAAACAGGUGUUAAGAUGUUAAAACACCAAACGGAUUCACCUUGCAAGGAAUCACGUCUCCAUUAACCACACAU